UUUCAUUGUUAUUAUCGCGCUGCUGUUCUUUGGUUCAAACCCGUAUUCGUUUUUUUUGUGUGAGAUUAAAAUCUUGCGGUUGGUGAGAAUUCAUUUUGGAUGUUGCUGUUUACGCCAGACGUAUGUAUGUCUUUUUGCUGUUGUUGUUAAUUUGAUAUAUCUAGAUUGAUCUAGAACUUGAAAGCAAAAGAUACCAAAGAGAAAAAUAUACGGGAUAAAUCAAAUCAACAGCAAAGAUUAUCUACAAUUUGACUUUUUAAAAACGUUUUGAAGAUCUUCAUUUAAAGGUUGAUUAAAGAGCCAUCUGAAUCGGCAAUAUCUGUUGCUUGGACUUCUAGCCCCUCUAGGAGUGCUCUGGAUUACACUCAGCAGAACUGACUUGAGUGUUAGUCUUCUUUCGCCAUUCCUUGUGCUUGUGUACUAUCAGUGCUACUAUCAGUGCUACUAUCUAUUAACAUAGAACCGAAAAAAUGGCUUUCAUGUCCUCUGUCCAUGGCUCGCUUAUGCUGGUCGUCUUAAUCUUGGUUUCGUUGGUGGCCACCUGUUCGGGAUGUUCCCCCAUAGAUGGUAGCUCGGAGGUGGACAUUCCUGAAAAGUUUAAGAACAGUGACAUUGUCGCCCUUGGCAAGGUGCUGAAGUCUGUUUACGAUGAGAACAAGGCUCAGCAAGGCUGGAACAUCUCUAAGGUGGAGUUUCUGAUUAAUUGUGUUUACAAGGGCGCUCCCGUCAACCAAAAUGUGACCAUCGAAGAAGUGGGGCAUGUCCCGGGUUUAUGUAUCAGCAUCAAUUUGCAAGUGGAUCAUGAUUACAUAGUGUACCUGAGAAAAAGCGCCGAUGGCAAAUUGACCCACGAUCAAGUCGUGCCAGACGAAGGAGUGGACAGCUACAUUGAUGAGGUUUUGUCGUCAGAUUGCGCGAGUGUCUCAUUCCCAACAGACGUGCUCGAAGGACAAAGGUUUCGUGGAUGUGGGGGCACUAAUUACAAUUCCCUACCGGAGUGCUCAGCUACAGAAGCUGCUGCUCCAACCCAAGAGUCCACUACCGAGCCCUCAAAGAAAGAACCACAAUCUGAAGAUCAAGGAGAUAAAAUCGAUGUUCCAGGAGAUAAAAGCGAUGUUCCAGAAAAUAAAAACUCAGAUACUCCUACCGAAGUGGGAGAAUCCAAGGGGGAAAACUCAGCAGAAAGCAAGAUUUCCAAUAUUUUCUUAAUACUUUCCCUUCUUUUUGCCUGUUUCUUCUAUGCAUAAAUUUGUAUGCAGAUUUGUGCAAAAUAUACCACAACAAAAAAAAAAAAAAAAACAAGAUUUAAUAUAUGGUUAUACCUAGAGUGUAUUGUGUCAAUUACAAACAAAUAUUAAUAACUUUCUCAUUUCUUUUCCUUUUUAAAUUGAGCUCAUAUUUAUCUGACAGAGAAAGAACUGUUUUUGAUUAUUCAUUAUUUUUAUUAGCUUUAAAUUUGCUUCAACUAUUUCUCUACAGCUAGUCUUCAUGGGGGGAGUUUGUUUGUUUUUUUUAGAUUAUUUUUUUAAUAUGAUUCUGUUCUCUUUAAUAUUAUUUACAAUAUGUAAUUAGAUUGGCCUAAACUUUAGUUACAAGUGCCUUUUAGUGUUUUUUGUGCUACUAGACAAAAAGUCAUGUGUGUUUCAUUUAAUUGGUUCUAUACAUGUACAAAGUCAAAUUUUCCAGUAAGCCUACUUUUUUUUUUUUUUGAUCCUUGCAAAAAAAAUCUUAAAUUUCAUAAUAUAACAUAGUAUAACAGCCCAAUAGAUUCUAUGUGUGUUUUGUUAAUCUUUUCACUGUCUGUCUUUUAUCAAGUUUUAAAAAAGUGUAGCCAAUGUGGUAAAUAUAUAAAUAUCCAUGUUUAUUUUAAUAGAGAUUUUUUUGUUGUUAAAAAAAAAUAUUAACAUCAUGUAAAUUAGACCUAUGAAUUAAAGACAAAUUAUUGUUUUACGUGCAAAAUUUAAUAUUUGGCAUCUGUGUGUCAUCUUUUUUCUUAAGGGAACUUACAUGUCCCUAUAUUUUUCAUGCUUUUUGUAUCACUGACUUAUGAAUAGGACUUGUAUUUCUACUUUGUAAUUUUCUAUAACAUUGGAUUUUAGUGCAAUUUGAACCUAGUUUUUUUUUUUUUAAGCUUUGUACUACUGUUGUUUUUCUUCUUUUUUUAAGAUGGCAUUUUAAAAAAAUCAUUAAAUAUUCAAUUCUACAUUUUGAUUAUGAAAGAAUGUUCAUUAUAAGCAUUCUCUGACUGAAAAUACUUUUAAGAUGCAGUUGUCUGAAAUGGUCGAUGCCAUUUUGCAUAAAGUGAACAAGAUGACAUGGCAACCACACUUGUCUCUGGAUAUGAAUUCAGUUUAUGUCAUGUGACAUGCCUUGCUGGUUGUUUGACUAAGUGACACUUAUGUCAAAAAUGUGAGAGACAUUCCAUAGGAAACCAGGACAUGCAACGUUUUUUUUUUUUUCAAAGCAACUUUCUACAUGGGGAGAGAAUGUCAGUAAUGUUUAAUACUCUAAAGAAAAAAAAAAUAAAUAAAUGGUUUUUGCUUCAUUUUUUUUAAAGCAUAGUUUAGGAAAUCAGUUGACAUAUUGGUGAAGGUUUAUUUUAUUAUUUUGUUUAUUACUGUGAAGUCAAAAACAUCUUGCGGUUGGCUGAAACUUGAGGGGCAGUAUUACUUCUUGCCUUGCUGAUAGACUGAACCAGAUGUAGAGAAUCUGUGUGAGGAAGUAGAUCAGCCAAUGCCAACUCAUGUCUUCAGUCACCAAUUGCACUUUUUGGAUGGCUGCCUGGUCGUGUGGUAUGCACUAUGGACUGUUGUUUUGAUAAUCCUGGGUUCGAACCCUGCCAAUGCCAUCCCCCCGUUAUCCUGAAGGAGGGCUGGGUUGGGAUGUAAUAAUUUUUAAUUCUAAGGAACAUCUAAAACAAACAAAACAUUUCAGAUUGGUGAAAUACAGUUAAUCUAGUCAAAACCAUUUCAAUGUCAACCUGUAAAUAUGGGAAAUAGAACUCAUGUCACCAUUUUAUUUUAGAAAAAAAAAAGUCAUUAUCAAUUGAAAACAUUAAAGUUUUACAUUUUUCAAAAACUAUAGAAGAUAUUUUUUGGAUCUGACUUUUUUUUUUCAGUAGACCUUUUAAACUAUUAGUUGUUGAAAUGUAAAAAUGUCUCCAAUAAGUUUCUUGCAAUAUAAAAAUAUUGUUUUAAGCAAUAAAUGUUAAGUUAUGUUAAAAAAAAGAGAGAUAUUUAUGGAAUUUUUGCAUCCAUGAACUCUAAAAGAUAAUAAAAAAUUAUCCAAUGAUAAAUUUGGAUGAAAACCAUGAAAUUAUUUUGUAAAUUAUUUUUGAACAUUUGUUCUGCUUGGGUGAAUUGUGUAUAUUUUAUGUGUGUGUGUGUUUUAAUUUAUAGUUUCACAAAAUACAACAAACAAAAAGUCUUUGCUGAGAUUGCUCUCAAGUAUAUAAUGUGUUUUAAUUGGUCUGGUGCAGUGCCAUUUUAGUGUGUUUUUUUUAAACAAAAAAACUGUCCAAUGAUGUAGUCAAAUCUAGAAACUGAAUGUUAUGUCCCAAAAAUAUUGACCAACUCAUUAAACCCCACAACAUUAUUGUCAAAGCUGAGAAAAAAUUUAUUGAAAAACUUUUAAUCUUUUAUCAUCAGGUCAAUUUUUAUUUUUAUGUCAAUUAAUGAAAAAAGAAAAUGGGGGAUUGGGUGCAAUUUUUUUGUUUGUUGUGAUACAAGGCCCACUAUUUAAUGUUUGAAUAUUUUGUAAUUCAUUUAUAUAAUACUUUUUUAAAUUGAUGAUAACAGAACUCAUUUUCUAAGAAAAGGCAGUUGAUUAAUAUUACUGUAUGAAAUGUAAUAAAAAGAAAUUAAGAUCUACAAUACAUAUAAUGUCGUAGUACCAGAAAAGUUGUGUUGCCACAAAGUCCCAUAAUACAUUUAUAAAUAAAAUGUAAUCUGUAAUAUAAAUUCAAACUAUUGUAUUAGUAUCUUUUGCUUACAUUAGAUUUUAGAUAACUAUGCUUUCAAUGUUGAAAUACAUGCCUGUUGUUCCAGCAAAGCUUAUUAUAAUUCUAUUUAUUAAUUACAGUAGCUAGUUUAAAUAUCAACACUGGCAUUUCAUAUUCUUUGAAAAGCAGUUUUCAGUAGCGAACGUCAAAGCAGUUUUAUUGUAUAAGGUUUUAUGUAUAUUAUUACAAAAGUGUUGUGACUUAUUGUUAUCUGCUUGGUUUAGUAUUUCAGUCAGUUUUAUUUUUUGUUGUAUUAUAAAAUACUUAAUGACGUCAAAUCUGCUUGGGGAAAUAUACUCAUGAGAACCAUGCAACAUAUUACUGGGCAACCUUGAACUAUAUAAAAUGUUACAGUGUACUGAGCUACCUAAAUAAACAUGUAAGUAGGUUAUAGUGAAAUACUGAAAGUACUGAUUCAAUUCCAUUUUAUUUUGUUUUUAAUCGUUCUUUUUUAAAAUUUAAACAUUAUCAAAUUUGGGAUUUUAUUUCGGAUUUACUAUUUAAUUCAACAAGUUUAUCUCUAUAUUUUUUAAACAAAAAUCAAAGCUAAUUUUUAAGUUUGUCUGAAUUUUUAUUUUUUUCCCUUAAAUCAGCUUCAAAAUUGCUAUUGAAGUUACUAAUAUAAUUUUUGAAAUAUUUGUUAAUGAGUUUGUCCUCAAGCCAUUUUUUUUUAAUUUAAUUAUAAACAAACAUUUUGUUUCAAUUCUUACAUAUAAUUAGCUUGAAACUGUUAGCACUUGCACUGUUAGCUUAUUUUGUUGAGUUUGAAGGUUUGGAGAGAGUUAAACAAGCUAAUGGAAAUACAAUCAACCCCAGCAAUAUUUCUAAUUAUUGUUUGAAUUUCUUUUUAAUGUCAUUUCGAAUGUAAGAUUUUAUUUCUAAAAAAUGAAUUAGUUUUCCUGUCUAGUAUUUAUUAUGUGUGCAACUAUUCAUGAAUGCUUUUUUUUUAAACAUAUUUAUGUAGCAUUUGCUAUUUAUGCAUAUAGCAGGAAUAGGAAUAAUUAUGCCUUUGCUAAAAAUUAAUCCUUAACAUAAUAUAAAUAAAAAUAAAUAAAUAAUAUUCCUAUAUAAGUUUAAUGUAGAUCAAAAGGUCUGAAAGGGGUAGUUUACUUUUUUUACUUUAUAUAUAAAUUUUUAUAAAAAUCAUAUUCUAAUGAAAUAUGUAAGCCACCUUGUUUUAAAAUUAAUGUGGCAUUCUUUCAUUAAGGUAGCGGCUUUGUGGCAUCUGGUCAAAUAAUUUUGAGAACCUCUAUUGCUACAUAGAAUAUGACAGAAAUGUGUAAUGUGAAUGAAAAACUGGACAAAUUGUAAGACAAUUUAGCUCCACUAGUUUUUUCUUUUUCAAGUUCUUCUUUUAUUUCACACUUUCUUCCUAGUUGGACAUAAAAUAUUGAAUCAUUUAUUUCAAGAUAAAAUGCUGCCUAUAGUAGUAAGACUGGUUAGCUCAGUUGAUAGAGUGUCGCACUAGUGCGAAUGUCAUACGUGGGUUCCAUCCCGAUUCUGGCCAAUUUUUUCACAUUAUUUUUCAAUGAAAGAUAAAUUAUGAAUGUUUAGUUUGCAAUAUUAUUUAAACAAUAAGAGAAAAUUGACUUUUUAAAUGUUUUUAUUAUUUGUUUCUCUAAAAAAAAUUAAAUCCCAAUUUCGAAAAAUGCCUCCACUACAAACAAGAGAACUAGUUAGCAGUACAAAUUAAAUAUUGAAUUGUUUCAGAUAUUUCUAUUCUAUAUAAUGUAGGACAUUCAUUGAUGUUGUUUUGUAAGUAUUUGUUUGUUCUAUUUCACUGAAGUCCUGAAGGAAUAAAAAAAAAACUGUUUGAGAAAAAU